UUCUUUCUCCCCUCUCCCCUCCAUGGUCUUUACAUUACAAUAUUACAUAUAUAUAUAUAUAUAUAUAUAUAAAUGAAUUACGAGCUAUGACCACCUCCCCCAUCUCUCCGUAAAAUCCCCAUUUAGAUUUAUUUCAUUAUUUUAUUCCUUUAUUAUUUGUCAUCCUCUUUUAUUUUUCCCCCAUUGCUUGCCCUGUAAUUCAAAAUCAAUCAACUUGGAAAAUUUGCAAGAUUUGGGAUGAAAUCUGGUCGGAUCUUGCUUUGUGGGGUGUGGAUUUUGGUCAGUCUUAUUUCAAUGCAAACUCUUUCUCUUCUUCACCUCCUCCCAUAGAACCCAUAGAACAACAGAAGAAAAAGAGAACAACCCAAGCCUCAGAAAAACACACAAACAACGAUUCUCAACUCAAUCCCAUUGCUUCUCAAUACAUAUUCUAUCUUUGCUUCUUGGGAUUGGAUCUUGAAUUGGAACAAUGGGCAUGGCAGCAGAGUCACAGUUUCAUGUUCUGGCUGUCGAUGACAGCAUCAUAGACAGAAAACUUAUUGAAAGGCUACUCAAAACCUCUUCAUAUCAAGUUACCACAGUUGAUUCUGGCAGUAAAGCUUUAGAAUUUCUGGGUUUACAUGAAGAUGACACAACCAACCCAAGUACACCCUGCGUUUCUCCCAACAAUCAUCAGGAAGUUGAAGUGAACCUUGUCAUUACAGAUUAUUGUAUGCCAGGCAUGACAGGCUAUGAUUUGCUCAAGAAAAUCAAGGAAUCUUCAUCUCUAAGAGACAUACCAGUAGUUAUCAUGUCAUCUGAGAAUGUGCCUUCAAGGAUCAGCAGAUGUUUAGAAGAAGGUGCAGAAGAAUUUUUCUUGAAGCCUGUCAGGUUAUCAGAUUUGAAUAAGCUUAGGCCUCAUCUGAUGAAAACCAAAUCCAAGGAUCAACACCAAAAACAAGAGAAGCAAGAAGAAAAAUCAGCCUUCCAAUCACCAAAACAACAGCAACAAGAAAAAGAAGAGCAUCAACAGCAGCAACAAGCCAGCAAUAACAAGAGAAAGGCUAUAGAAGAAGGGCUUUCGCCUGAGAGAACAAGACCAAGAUACAACGGCAUAACCACUGUGGUAUAACCAUAUAUGGACAAGAAAAAUGUUUUAAAUUCUGUUCUUCUGAACAAUGUAAUUCAGAUAAAUUUUCCUUUUUAUUUUUAUUUUUUUGGAGUUGGUAUACAGGCUCGAUAGGAGUGUAGAGAUAGAGUUGUUUCAUGUAUACAUCUUUACAUGAAAACGAACAGUUGAAAAAUUCCAA